AUGUCUCUGAUCACCCCAGUAUUCCCCAAAAACGCUGCUCCUCCUACCCUUCCAUUUUCGCCAGGAGUCAAAGUGGGUAACUUGCUCUUUGUUUCUGGUCAAGUUCCUGUCACUCCACAAGGUAAGAAAGUCGAAGGUACCAUCGCUGACAAGACAAGGCAAAUAUUUGCCAACAUUGAGGCGAUUUUGCUUGCAGGGGGAUCUAGUUUGGAAAGCAUUGUCAAGGCCAACAUCUUUUUAACCGACAUGGCAAACUUCAAGGAAUUGAAUGCUAUUUAUGCCUCAUAUUUCCCACAUAAAAAGCCUGCAAGAAGUUGUAUUGCCGUUAGACAAUUGCCUUUGGGCGUGGAUGUUGAAAUUGAAGUGGUUGCUCUCGUCGAGAACUCGGCCAAGAUGUGA